AUGCCAGACGAGCAAGAGGCUUCGACUAGUCGCCGAGUGUCCCGCGAACCUCUACGGCAAGCGACCUUGAUACUACCGAAAACGGGCGAGCGAGUCAAACGAGCCUUCACACUCGGAGUACAAGCGGUGCAGAACGGCCAUGUCGAUGCUCAGGAACACAUGCCACUCCUUGGUGCAGAUACCGGACAUGGAGAAUCAGGCCCACGGAAUAAGAGCUUGGUGUGGGAGAAGACGAAAGAGACGGGCGUCAAGUUGUAUGAUUUCAUAACAUCACCGUUGGGGCAGGGUAUACUCAAAUGCUCGUUGGCAUAUAUUUUGGGAAGUCUUGGAACGUUCUAUCCGCCAAUAUCGGGCUGGCUAGGGCACCAGGAUGGAAAGCAUAUGAUGGCAACAGUAACCGUCUAUUUCCACCCUGCACGCUCAGCUGGGAGUAUGGAAGAAGCGUUCUUCAUAGCGCUGGUAGCUUUCUCAUACGCCGCUGUCAUAUCGUUCACGAGUAUGGCCGUAUCGGCGUUCUUCGCAAGUCAGCAUCUACUUCAGCUCGGACAUGCUGUAGUCUUGAUUGUAUUUUGUGGCGGGGGCCUGGGUCUCGUAGGAUGGACGAAGCAGGCGCUGAGUAACCCGCUUGUGAAUGUCGGGUGUUCCUUGACCUCUCUGGCCCUUAUCACUGUCUUGACGAAAGAAGGAGCUGUACAGAAUGGGACGUUCUCGUACGCGAAGAUCUACCAGGUCCUCAAAAUGGUCAGCCUUGGAAUUCUGUCUACUGCCCUCGUUAGCUUCCUCGUCAAACCGAUAUCCGCAAGAAAAGAGCUACGCAAAGACUUCAAGACGGCCACGGUGUCGCUAAGUGAAAUGGUAGCUCUGAUCACAAAGAGUUUUUUAGACGGCGACGAAGAAGAGCUAGAACACACCUCCUUCAUGUCUGCUUCCAGCAGCUACAAGACAAUUUUCAAAAGGAUUACUAAAGACCUCGGAGAGGCUAAAUGGGAGCAUUAUACUCUCGGAACAGAGGAGACGUAUCAUAUAGAAGCAAAACUAGCGAAGGCCUUGGAACAAUUAUCGGUCGAUGUUAGCGGCUUGAGAAGCGCAGCGGCGACACAGUUCGCUCUAAUGAAAGCCCAAGCUGACGGCAAAUCUAUAAUGUCUGGUAUGUCGGCCACUUACUCGGAUCUUUCCCCUUCCGCUUCAAGGUCUCAUGAUUAUUUCGCUACCCUACGUCAACGACUUGGCAGCCUGGCCUCUAUCGAUGAGAACCCCCGGACCAAAAGGCCAGAGCAUGAAGACGGCCUGACUAUGUUGAAGAGAGGACAAACAGUGGCAUCUACUAUGGAAAGUUCGACUGUGAUUACUGCAACGACCGCUGCGGAGAUCUUUCAGAACUUCCUGUCACAGCUCGGACCACCUAUGAAAUCGCUUGCAUUCACUCUCAAGGCUGUCCUCGAAGAGUUGCCAUUCGGCCCGCCUCCAACAUAUUCCAUUGUUGUCAACGAGCAAUUCCGAAAGAGUCUGGUUGAUGCAAACGAGCUCUUUACUACAGCACGCAAGGAAGCCCUCAGCCAAGUAUACCAAAGCAAGGUCCCAAGCCACACGAAAGCCGAAAUAGCAGCGGACUACGAAGAGGUUGCGGCUAGCUGUGGGUACUUCAGUUCUUCCCUGCAAGAUUUUGCGGAAGAUCUGCUUGAGUAUAUUGACAUACUAGAAGAAUAUAAGCAUGUGGCAGAGUCACCGUCCGUGCGAAGGUCCUGGAAAUGGCUGAUGUUCUGGCGGAAACGAAAUCAGAAGCAGGUCGCUGAUGAGGCCGAGCUCUUCAACACUCCCACACCACCAAACCCACCAAAGGAUUUACUCAAAGUAACGCACAGAACGCUGAAGGGCGCAAGUAGAAACGUCACAUGGAACUAUACCGACGAGUUGCAAUCUGAGAAGAAACGAAGGCCGAUUACUUACCGCUUGUGGGUCGCUUUAAGAUUCUUUCGAAGAGAUGAUAUAAAGUUUGCACUCAAGGUUGGUGUGGGUGCAAUUCUCUACGCCAUGUGGUCUUUUAUUCCCUCCACCCGUCCCGUUUAUGCCUCCUUUCGCGGUGAAUGGGGCUUGUUGUCAUACAUGUUGGUCUGCUCCAUGACUGUGGGAGCUUCGAACACGACCGGAUUCCACCGAUUCGGUGGAACUUGUCUGGGUGCAUUACUCGCUGUUCUGGCUUGGAUCAUCGCUGAUGAGAAUCCGUUCGUCCUUGCGUUCUUCGGCUGGGUGGUGUCUCUUGGAUGCUUCUACAUUAUCGUUGGCCAAGGAAAGGGUCCCUUGGGUCGCUUCAUACUGCUAACCUACAACCUCUCAGCACUGUAUGCAUACUCUCUGUCCGUCAAAGAUGACGACAAUGAUGACGAUGAAGGAGGUAUAAGCCCUGAAAUAUGGGAGAUUGUCUUCCAUCGUGUCGUUGCCGUGCUCACGGGGUGCCUCUGGGGGAUGGUGAUUACUCGCCUCAUCUGGCCAAUCUCAGCUCGUCGCAAGCUGAAAGACGGGCUUGCAAUCCUUUGGCUUCGUAUGGGUCUCAUUUGGAAACGCGAUCCCUUAGCCGUGCUCCUCCGCGGACCCUCGCGCUAUUCCUACAUGGACAUCGGCGAGUCACUCUCUCUUCAACGAUUCUUGAACCACUUGGACGGUCUACGCGCAUCUGCGGCUUCCGAAUUCGAGCUUCGGGGACCAUUUCCGAAUAGGGUCUGCCAUCAACUCUUGGAGUCUACUGGCCGGAUGUUAGACGCCUUUCACGCCAUGAACGUCAUCAUCCGUAAAGAGCUCAAAGCAACCCCUGGCGAACAGGAGAUACUGCAGUAUACACGGUAUGAGAGGAUACAGCUUUCUUCUCGCAUCAGCCAUCUCUUCUCCGUCCUUGCCUCCAGUCUCAAGCUUGAGUAUCCUCUGAAUGACACCAUGCCGAAUAUCGAGCAUACACGAGACCGAUUGCUCGCGAAGGUGUUUGAUUUCAGGAAGAAUGCCGAAGGGCGGGAUCUGCCAACGGACGAGGACUAUGAGCUGUUGUAUGCCUACGCGUUGGUCACUGGACAGCUGGCGCAUGAGAUUGGUGAGGUUGCGGCGCUAAUCGAGACGCUGUAUGGUGUGCUGGACGAGGAGACAUUCAAGCUGGAGUGA